AUGGCGAUGAUCCCAGACUUCCUUGUCACCAGAUACCUGACAAAAUUAACAGAUUUUCUUGAGGGAGAGAUCUGCAAAGUGCUCGGCGUGAAGGAAGAGAUCAAAAAGUUUCAAAGGAGAUUGGAAAGACUCAGCCCCUACCUUCAGGAUGCCGAGCAGAAGAGGCACCAAGAUAAUCGAGUGAAUACUUGGUUGAGGGACUUAAAAGGCAUAGUCUACGACGCCGAAGACAUCAUCGAAUUCUGUACGCUUCCAGGUGGCAGCGAGUUAAUGAGCCUUCAGCCGUUGUCGUCGUCUUCUACACUAGUAAGUCGUCCCUUCACUCUGCUUGCUUCUUGCUUUGCAUGUACCAAGUUCCGCCAUGAGAUUGCUGUGAGUUUGAAAAGACUUAAUGAUAGACUGAAAGAGAUUAAAGAUGAUAAGGACCUAAUAGAAGGAUUAAUACCCUCAAUGAGCCAUCAAUGGUCGCAAGAUCAUCCAACAAGUCAACGUUUGACCACUUCUUUGGAGGUUAAGGCUGACAUCGUAGGGGCAAAGGUUGAAGAUGAUGCACAAACUCUCAUCCUCAUGAUACUCAAGCAUGAUCAUAAACAUAAUGGCGUGUUUGGGAUAGUUGGCAUGGGUGGUAUUGGCAAGACCACUAUGGCUCAUAAAAUUUUCCAUGACGAACGAAUCAAGAAUAGUUUUCCAACGCGUAUAUGGAUAUGUGUGUCCAAGAAUUACACUAGGAUAGAUCUACUCAAGGCAAUGUUGAAGCAAGCAAAAGGAAGUGAUGAUGGAGCUCAAAGCAUAGAAGAACUUGAAUUCAAACUUGUUGGUGCUCUGGUUAACAGAUUCUUCCUCGUGCUUGAUGAUGUAUGGAGCGUGAAUGCGUGGACAGAUGUGUUGAGGAAUCCUAUCCUAAUUGCAAAGUCCAAUGGCAUAAUCUUAAUCACGGGUAGACAUAAAACGGUUAUGGAGGACUUGAGAGCCAGCUACAUCCACCAUGUUCAGAGGAUGAACAGAGAUGAUGGAUUGGAAUUAUUUCACAAGGUCGUAUUCGAAGAGGAGAAGAACGAGGACCCUGACCUGGAUGAAAUGGCGGCUAAAAUCGUUAGCAAAUGCGAUGGGCUCCCUUUGGCAAUCAAGGUGAUAGCAGGAAUGCUGAUUUCGAAGAAAAGGACAAGGAGGGAGUGGGAAAGAGUCCUGGAAAGUGAUCUAUGGAGAAUGAGAGACAAGGAGGAUGAACUGCCAGCAGCUUUAUACUUGAGCUAUGAGGAUUUGUCAUCCGUUCUCAAGCAGUGUUUCCUCUGCUGUGCUUCUUACAUUGGCAUAUCAUAUCGCACUGACCUCGUCCGGCUUUGGAUUGCUGAAGGCUUGAUCCACGUGCCAAAUGGUGGAUUGAUGGAAGAGGUGGCAGAGGAUUAUUACAAAGAACUAGUUAUGAGAAAUCUUCUUCAGCUCGAUCCAAGAUCUGCAAACGAGACUUGCUACUCCAUGCACGACCUUUUGCGAGCUCUCGGUACUAAUUUGAUCGGAGAUGAAGCACUUGUAAUCAGUGAUGGCCGAGUUGCAGACACGAACCCAAACCCAUUAACACAGAUUCGUCGACUGUGGAUGUCGAGCAAAGGAGACACGCUAAGGCUUCCUGGUGCAGUUCUUGAGCAGAAGAGUCUGAGAGUCUUGCAACUUUACGAUUGCCCUGAAACAAAGACAAUCGAAGACGAGGCAGCUGCACUCCCAGCAUUAAAGAAUCUUCGAGUGCUGGAUGUGUGCGAUACGCAGAUUGAACGUCUUCCAGAUUUCAUUUUCACGAAUCUGUUGCUUCUGAGAUACUUGGACCUUGACCGAACGAUGAUACAUGAGAUACCUGAAUCCAUAGGGCGCCUUGCUAACCUGCAGACUUUGAACAUCUCCAGGUGCGAGUCGCUGCGCAGCAUUCCUAAGGCCGUCACGAGCUUGGGUAUGCUCAGAUGUCUGCGAGUUCGAGGAACACCGUUGACUCAUUUGCCCAGAGGAAUGGGGAGCUUGACAAACCUUAAUCACAUGGAAGGAUUCGUCGUCGGCCAUGGUGAUUCGCCAAGCAACGCGGACGUCGGGUGUGACAUGGAAGAGCUGCGGUCUCUGUCCAAUCUCAGAUUUCUGAGCGCCUGUAAGCUGGAAAGGGCAACAUCAAUGGCCGGACCCUCGGUGCUCGAGAACAAACCACUUCUCAGGCAUCUGUCUUUGUUAUGGACGAAUCGAAAACAGGGAGAUGACGGCGAAAAAGAAGCGGCUGAGAAGACAUGCAGCGGACUGCUUCCUCCGUCGAGCCUGGAGGAACUUACUCUCCACAACUUCCCAGGCCGGCGAUUUCCCAACUGGAUGAUGUCAACGUCGUCGGGGACUUCGUUUCCUCACCUCGAAUUCCUGAUUCUCCGCAAUUUCCCCUGCUGCACGGAGCUCCCGCCGCUGGGGCAGCUGCCUCGGCUGAAAUUCCUGAAGAUCGAAGAAGCGUCGGCGGUAAGAAAGGUCGGGCCUGAGUUUCUCGGCGUCUGUUUCCCUCAAGCCGUGGCAUUUCCAAGACUCGAAGUCCUGAAAUUCACGGGCUUGACGAAUUGGGAAGAGUGGACGUUGUACGCUGCGUCCGAGGAGGUCGGAGAUAUACAAGAAAGAAGCAUGAAUCUGUUUCCAAGAUUGGAACGGUGCACAUUUACAGGCUGCCCAAAGCUCAGAGGACUUCCGGAGAGCAUCUACUGCGCCGCCAGACUGAAGACUGUCGUCGUUUCUACCAGCGAUCAGUUGAGUGAGGUUGAAUUCAGAAGGCGAGAGACAAUGGAAAUGGACGAUUGCCCUGAUUUGUUCCUCGCACGGGACUCGACUGAACUCCCACACUGGCUUUUGGAUCGUAUCGACAGGGAAAGGGACGAGAAGAACAGUGAGCUGCCUUCCCGUACGGUCAUCAAGGUGAAGGCAAAUGUAAUCAUCAUUCAGCAAAAUCGACAAGUAGACGCCGUUUGA